AUCCUUCCAGGCGAAUCAAGGCUACGUCGCGUCUAAACUUGGCUCUUUGUCCAAUUCUUGUAUACAAACCCCUCCUAUUUCUUUAUUUUCAAGAAGCUGGCUUCUUUUCUAGUGGCUUCUAUUUUUCACCUAGUUUAUGGUAUAAACUACAAUUCUAAGCAGCUUAGUGAAGUAGCCCAUUAGCCAUCGACACGCGUCUGCGCGUGGCUUCACCGACGACCUACCUCUUCCCGCCAUUCAUGAAUACUGCCUCACGUCAUGUCAUUCUACAACAAUGGCUCUGCGCCUCGGCGCAAUAAUCCCUUUGCAAAGCCAGGGGCCUCAUCUCCCUCUCCAGGCCCAAAUGGCAGACCUCAGUCGACGCUUCUCUCCCCCUCCACACCCACCGCAUCGUCCCCUUCUCUACACAAUAGAACACAGUCCCUUGGCACACCCAGCAUGGCAAACCUAUCUUCUGUCAAUACGCCGCGAAGUGGCCGUCGAGACUCGAAACCUUUAACGCCAUCCACAAGCACAUUUGCCCCAGCAUUCAUCAAGACGGAGGAACUGGCACGAAAUGUCGAAGCCGUCAACGGUAUUGAGGGCGAAAAUGACUUUUCUGGCAAACGCUACGUAUGGCUCAAAGAUCCAGAAGUAGCCUUUGUGCGAGGCUGGGUAGUUGACGAGCUUGACGGAGACAAGCUACUCAUCCAAGCUGAUGACGGAACGCAACGAGAAGUCGAUGCUGAAAGCGUUGAUAAAGUAAACCCUGCCAAAUUCGACAAGGCCAACGACAUGGCUGAGUUGACUCACCUCAAUGAGGCAUCUGUGGUUCACAAUCUCCGCAUGCGGUACCAGGCCGAUCUCAUCUACACGUAUUCCGGCCUUUUCUUGGUCACUGUCAACCCAUACUGUCCUCUACCCAUUUAUACGAACGAAUAUAUCAACAUGUAUAGAGGCCGCAGUCGCGAAGACACAAAGCCACACAUUUACGCCAUUGCAGAAGAGGCGUUCCGAAACUUGGUCGAAGAAGGUCGCAACCAGAGCAUUUUAGUCACCGGUGAAUCUGGUGCCGGUAAGACAGAGAACACCAAAAAGGUAAUUCAGUACCUUGCGGCUGUUGCUCAACCUGAUAGCUCCAACGGACGCCGCAGUCAGCAGGGCAACCUCUCACAGCAGAUUCUUCGUGCCAAUCCCAUUCUCGAGGCGUUCGGUAACGCGCAAACCGUUCGAAACAACAACUCGUCACGAUUCGGCAAAUUCAUCAGAAUUGAAUUUAACCGCACCGGAACAAUCACUGGCGCAUUCAUUGAUUGGUAUCUUCUUGAGAAGUCACGAGUCGUAUCCAUCAACAACCAAGAGCGAAACUAUCACAUUUUCUAUCAGCUUCUAAAGGGAGCUGACUCUCGCACUAAGCGAAAGUUUUUGCUCGACGGAUGUGGUGUGCAUGACUUCUCCUACACACGUCAAGGGCACGACACUAUCAGUGGAGUCUCCGACAAUGAAGAGUGGGAUUCACUCCUCGAGGCAUUCAAUGUUAUGGGCUUUUCAGAAGAAGACCAAUCGUCUAUUCUGAAAACUGUGGCCGCUGUCUUGCAUCUUGGUAACAUUGAAGUGAUCAAGGAGAGCCGUAGCGCCGAUCAGGCGUCCUUGACACCGGAGGCAAAGGCACAGGUUGCAAAGGUCUGUCAGCUCUUAGGAGUACCCGCAGAGCCUUUUAUUCAGGGUCUCCUCCAUCCUAAGGUCAAGGCUGGUAGAGAAUGGGUUGUUAAAGUACAGACCCCUGACCAAGUUAGGCUGGCUCUGGAUGCUCUCUCGAAGGGUAUUUACGAGCGACAGUUUGGUAACCUGGUAACGAGAAUCAAUCACCAGCUGGAUCGCAACGGCAUGGGCUCUGAUGACUCUCAGUUUAUUGGUGUUCUCGAUAUUGCCGGUUUCGAAAUCUUUGAAACCAACAGCUUUGAGCAAUUGUGCAUCAACUACACCAAUGAGAAGCUCCAGCAAUUCUUCAAUCAUCAUAUGUUUGUUCUUGAGCAAGAAGAGUACGCCCGUGAGCAAAUUGAGUGGCAGUUCAUUGAUUUUGGCCGCGACUUGCAGCCUACCAUCGACCUCAUUGAACUAUCCAACCCAAUUGGUAUCUUCUCCUGCCUCGAUGAAGACUGCGUCAUGCCCAAGGCUACCGACAAAUCUUUCACCGAGAAGCUCAACUCUCUUUGGGAGAAGAAGACCCCCAAGUACCGCCCAUCUCGCUUAGGACAGGGCUUUAUUCUGACUCACUAUGCCGCCGAAGUUGAAUACUCUACUGACAACUGGCUUGAGAAGAACAAGGACCCUCUCAAUGACAACAUCACUCGCCUUCUAUCAUCAUCCCGGGAUGCUCACAUAGCAGACCUGUUCGCAGAUUGCGCCGAUCCUGAUGACGAAAUUGGAGGUGGCCGCAACCGUGUCAAGAAAGGCCUCUUCAGAACCGUCGCUCAACGCCAUAAAGAGCAGCUACACAGCUUGAUGUCGCAACUUCACUCUACGCAUCCUCACUUCGUGCGUUGUAUCCUUCCUAAUCACAAAAAGAAACCAAAGAUGUUCAGCAAUCUGCUUGUUCUGGACCAGUUGCGCUGCAAUGGUGUGUUGGAAGGAAUUCGAAUCGCUCGAACUGGCUUCCCCAACAGACUUUCGUUCAGUGAAUUCCGUCAACGAUACGAAGUUCUCUGCUCAAACAUGCCAAAGGGCUACGUUGAAGGCCAAGCUACAGCUGCACUUAUGUUGGAAAAGCUCGGCCUAGACAAGGCACUCUACAGAGUCGGUAUUACAAAGGUUUUCUUCCGUGCUGGAGUCCUUGCAGAGCUUGAAGAACAGCGCGACGCUCUGAUCACGCAGAUAAUGUCACGUUUCCAGUCCGUUGCUCGAGGCUACGUUCAGCGUCGUGCCGCCUACAAGCGACUCUUCCGAACUGAAGCAACACGAAUUAUUCAGAAGAAUUUCAAUGUUUAUUUGGAUUUGGUACAAAAUCCAUGGUGGCAACUCACAGUCAAGAUGAAGCCUUUACUUGGAGCUACAAGAACUGCGACUGAAGUCAAGAAACGAGAUGUCAUGAUUCAGCAACUCCAUGAAAAGAUGCAAGUCGAGCUUGGACACCGACAAAAGCUAGAAGACGAUCGCCGAAAUGCCCACGGCGAAUUGAUGCGAAUUCAAAAGACUCUAGAAAGUGAGCGAGCCCUUGCUCUAGACAAGGAAGAGAUCUUCAAGCGCCUGCGCCUUCGCGAAACAGAGCUUGAAGAGAAGCUUGCAGGAGCCAUUGAAGAUCAAGAGCGACUUGAAGAUGAACUGGAUGACAUGAUGCAAGCGCGUGAUCGUGCACAGGCUGAUAUGGAGAAACACCGUGGUCAGCUUGAGCAAGCGGUCAGCAUCGUUGCGAAGCUCGAAGAUGAGAAGAAGAAACUGGCUGGCCGAGCAGCAGAGCUUGAGAGCUCCCUAAGCGAUGUCACCCAGCGCCAAUCGCAACGGUCAGAGCAGGAGGCAGCUUUGGAACAAGAAAUCAAGAUGCUGCAAAGCCAGCUCUCCCUCAAAGAGAGGAAGGCGCAAGAUCUCGAAGCUAAGCUUCUCCAGGUCGAUCAGGACGUCCAAAUCAAGCUUCACAACACCCAAAAAGAACUUGAUGUUGUUAAGUCUCGUGAGGCCCGCUUCGCAAAGGAGAAUGCCGACAUUCAGCACCAACUUUCUCAAUUAUCCAAGACUUCCACAGAUUAUGAAGAUCUCGUUCGUAACAAGGAGAGCGAGCUGGCGCUCCUCCGGGGCGAUAAACGACAGUUCGAGGCUGAACGCCGAGGCUUCGAAAACCAAAAGAAGGCUCUUACAGACGACCUUGAAAAGGCAGCAGCUCGAUUCCGAGAAGUGCAAGCUCAGUUGGUUGCUAUGAAGUCAAAGCAGAGUCAGCUCGAGCGUGAGGCAGUAGAUGCCAAGGCGCUCCUGGAAACCCGCCUUUCUGAGGACGCUCAAGCGAAUAAGAACCGUCAACAGCUAGAGUUGCAGAUGAAGGAUCUGAAGGAGGAGCUGUACAAGUGCCAGAUGGAUCUCAGCCGUGAGCGACAAUCUCGAGACGACGUGCUGUUGCUCGGAGAGCACAAGUAUGGUGCGCUUAAGGACGAGUUUGAAAACGUAAACGAGUCCAAGAUCAUCAUUGAAAAGGAGCUUUAUGUUCAACAAGAUGCUCUGCGUCGACACAUGGAGACCCGCAAGGUUGUCGAAAAAGAACGCGACGAUGCUCGCGAGGAGAUUCGCCGGCUGCGUGCUUCCAAGGCUGAGACAGAGCAAGCACGACUCAACGCUGAGGCCAAGCAACAGCACCAAGUUUCUAAAGCAGCUCGUGAGCGUGAAGCCAGCCUUCACCGUGAUCUUGAUGCUGCCCAGAGCCGACUAGACUGGUGUGAAAGCGAGCGUAUCAAGCUGGGCCGCCAAGUCGAGGAGUUGAACAAGAUGAUGGCACAGUCUGGUGACUUUGGUCUCAAGAACGACCAGGCAAAAGAGCGCAUGGAGCGCGAGCUUCAAACCGUCAAGAGCCGCCUCACUGCAUCUGAAAACGAUAAUCGUGCGCUCUUGAACAAGCUUCAACAGAAGGGUUUGGAAGUUGCUCGAUCCACCAGUAGAGCGACCGAGAGUACUCGUGGACAGCUCACAUCAAUGCAGCGAGACAAAUCCAGACUCGAGGAGCAAAAUGCAAACUUGCACAAGCAGCUUGGCGAUGCUCAGGUGAUGAUCACUUCAUUAGAAAAGAAGACGGAGAAACUAUCCUUGGACUUGGAGGACUUGAACCACGAAGUCGCCAGGGAGGUGAAGACGAGCCGAAAUGCCGAAAAGGCAUCAUCCAACUUCACUGUACAGCUUGGAGAGGCGAACCGCGCUCUCGAUUCCGAGCGCCAGCUGCGCACGCAGACGCAAGCCACCGUCCGUACAUUGCAAGCAUCCCUGGAUUCACGGAACAAGGAGCUUGAUGAUAUGCAUGAUCACAUGCUCAAGGUUCUUAAAACCGUUGACCCAGACACCAAGCCGCCUAUUCAGUCCGAUGGAGCUGCUGACCGUGGCAUGAUUAGAAACUUUGAUCUGGUCCGCAAGAUUGAAGAGCUUCAGCAGAAUCUUCGUGUGCAGACUGCGGCUAGGUCGAAUGCGGAGAGCCAAUUGACAGACCUUCGUGCGGAACGCCAUGAAUCGCCGAGCCGACCUCGACUGGAGGAGAUUCACCUUAAUGAAGCACCAUUCAACACGUCGCCGACUCAGAAGAGACAGCAAAAGCCAACAACGAUGCAGGCUGUCAGACGCCUGUCAAACAACACUCCUGUCACUCCAACUCGACGCGCGAUUCUUGACGCUGCCAACGACUCUACCCGUUCUGACAAGAUGGCUGACUCGGCGGUUGUAACCAAGGGUUCUGACCAUAGAACUGAGAUCGAAGAGCUGCAGAACCAGCUGCAGCUCGCUCAAAUGCACAACAGACAUCUUCAAAGCCAGAUCGAUCGCGGCACGCCUGGCCCAGACACAGUCUCAGACUUGAGCCCAGCGGCUAGACGAGUGCAAAAGCUGGAAAAGGUCAAUAGCCGCUUGCAUGAAUUGUUGGAUGACUCCACCAAGAAGGUAUCCGCGCUAGAGAAGACCAUUCGAACUGGAGAACUCUCUGUCCGUGAUAUCCAGGCCCGCUCCCAUGAGGAGCUCCUUGAUGCAUUCAACAGUCAGGAAGCAUCGCGUCGAUCACUCCUAAACCGCCAUAAAGAUGCAGUCUCUGAGCUGACUGAGGUUAAGGGCAGCUUUGAUAAGAUGCGACACGAACGCGCUAAGAUGGAAGUUGACCUGCGGGACCGCACAUCGGACUUGCGUGAGAUGACUAUGGCACGCGAGCAAGAAGCGCAGAGCCGUAGCCAGCUCCUCCAAGACUUCACCGACAUGCAAAUCCGUCUCGAUGCUGAAACAUCUAAGCUGAGCGAUGUGACAUCCAGUCUGGAGAUGUAUAAAACUCGCGCAGAUGAAUACUUUGGCAAGCUUGAACAGGCAGAAAUUGCCGUCCUCAAGGCUAGCCGCGCCGAGCAGUUUGCUAAAUCUCACGCCAAGGAAACUGAGGAUGCUCACGCUGAGAUGAUAGCUGAGCGCCAGAAGACUGAAAGCCAAAUGGAGGAUGCGCAACGCCAGAACCAGCGCCUCGAGGAAAAGCUUGAAGACCUUUCUACCGAUCUCGAAGCCGCCCUUCAGGCUAAGAAGCGCCUGCAGCAUGAGCUGGAGGAUUACCGUCACCAGCGUGCCAACGACAUCGAGGACACUGAAUCCAGCAUGGAGCAAACUCGCAAGAAGUACCAAGCUGAGUUUGCCACGCUCACUAAGGAGCUGGAUCUUGCCCGAGAAGAGCAGCUGUACAAGCAGACCGAGAUUGCUCGCCUCCGUGAAGAACUUGAUGAGCUACGAUCCAAGUGGGAUGACGAAGUGCUCAACAGCUCUACUUGGUCCAAGGAGAAGUCUCGACUUGAAACCACGCUCGCUGAUGUCUCUGCCUCUCGUGAGGAGGCAGCAAACGCCCAUAGCGAAGCUCAAUCCAAGGUUGUAUCCCUGCUUUCUCAGGUGCGCAGCCUACGAACCAAUGUCGACGACAUCACGGCUGAGAGAGACUUGCUCGUCCGCGAGAAGCGCAGUAUCGAGAGCCGCUUGGAGGAGGCCAAGGCAGGUCUUGACGAGCUUGUUCGCGACGGCAGCCCAUCACUCCGUGAUGCUGCUACUGCAGACAAGGAGCUUUUGGAGCUUCGUUCCAGCUUGGCCAAGCAAGAGGAUGUCGCCGCUGCGGCUGUCGAGAAGAUGCGCCGUGCAGAUAUGAUGGUCAACGAAAUCCAAAAGGAAAUUGCCGCUGAGCGAGACAACAGCGCCAAGAUCCACAGCCAAAAGCUGGUCCUUGAGCGAUCGCUGAACGAAGCGCAGCUCAAGGUUGUUGAUCUCGAGACCAAGGGCUUCUCUAGCGCCAGCCAGGACAUCAAGUUCCUCCAUAAGAGAAUCCAAGAGCUCGAGUCCCAGGUAGAGACCCACGAACGAGAACGAUCCAAGUCCCAGAGAUCGGAGCGCAACGUCGACCGUGCCGUCAACGAUCUCCAAAGCCAAAUCGAGCGCAAGGAUAAGCAAAACGCGCAGCUUUCGGACGAUGUGAACAGAAUGCGCGACAAGGUCGACAAGCUUCUCAAGACCAUCGACGAGCUGCAGGCGUCCGAGUCGACACAUCAACUGUCGACGCGCCGCGCGGAGCGAGAGCUCCGGGAGGAGAAGGAGAGAACACUACGACUGGAGCGGGAGAUUGAUAGCGUCAAAAACCUCGGUAGCGCCGUAGGUAGCCUACGGAGCCGCGCCAUGUCGCCGUGGAAGACGACAGAGACGGAGGACUUUGCAGCUUUGGCGAGAGAGAUGAGCCUCAACAGAGCGCCCAGCAUGACUAAGGGAUUCCUGUAAAGGGUGCGAUGCUGGCGGCGUUUUAAGUGAGGGAUGUUUAAUGGGGAUUAUGUUGUUAUGUGUAUGGCUUUCCUGAUUUUAUGCUGGUACAUAUGGUUAAUGAUUUGUAUAUUAUUGCAUUGUUAAUAUUGAAUUUGUUUGGC